CUUUGCUCUGAACUAUGAAUGCUCCGUUUAUCCAAAAACCAUUCCCAUUCAGGAGUGGAUAAAGGCUUUGUUUCCAAGGGCAAUGGAACAUCCAGCAUAUAUAUGAAGUAUUCGUGGUCCUCAGAUGAUGAACCGGACCUCACUAAAUCCCAUUGAUUACAGUUUACGAAUUGUUGCACCCAGAUCUGACCGACAAAAUGGGCGGCUUCAUCCCCGAAGUGGAGACGGACUGGUCCCAAGAUCUCAGUGGUGACAAUCGUUCCAGCAACACGGACACUUCAGCGGUGGAUCUCAUCGCCAUGGUUCGGCAUCCUGAGAGGAUUGCGAAUAAUUGUACCCGCGUCGGCCCAAUUGUCGAAUGGGUCGGCGAGGAGCUGGCCGUCCACGAUAUGAUAAAUUCCAUUGUCACUGCCCAGAACUCCGACGAAAUCCCAAAUCUGUUCAUCGACCUAGAAGGCUCCGAUGGGGAAGGCGAAAGUAUCGCCCCCAUGCAAAUCCUCAUCUGCACGAUUAACACAGUGUAUCUCGUCGAUACCCUUCACCUGAAAAUUGCUGCCUUCGAUACCCCCGGGGGCACGGGUGAGACCCUCCGGUCCCUCCUCGCGAACGCAGAGUUCAAGAAGGCGUUCUGGGACCAUUGGUUCCCGUUCGCGAUCCACGACGUCGCUAUGCGCGGUGUGGAUGUUAUCCAGGUGAUGGCCCUGGAGACGGGGAUUGGGUUGAAGGGCGGGGUGGUUGGGUUUGCUCAUGCGCGCAAGGACUUGAACAUAUGUGUUUAAAGUAUAGGUAUCUCCCAAAGAUGAGCCCUCUUCUAAGGACGAGCCCGCUUCUGAGGACGAGCCCGCUUCCAAGGGCGAGCCCGCUUCCAAAGAUGAGGCUCCCCCCAGCGAAUCGUGAGCUACUGAAAUCUAGUCUGAGAGACCACUCUCCCAAACUUUGCGAGACUACGCAUGGGUA